AUGGCUUCCACUGUUGAUAUUGCAUCCUCUUUCAUUGAGGGUGCCCCGCCAGGCGAACUCGCGGAUGUUGUUGCUGAUGUCCAGACCCUGACCGAGGGCGAAGAUAUUAUUCCCCAGCUCGCACCGGCAUUUGAACGAUACAAUGAGAGCCAGUUGACCACUGUCAAACUACCGGGCUCAAGCCAAGAGGUCAUUGUUAGUGAAUUUAAUAAGCUUGAGGGCAACCGCUACUUCGACUCGGAGAGCCAAACCUCCUUCGAGAUGGAUCACAUUACACAGACUGCUUCCGCGGCGCAAUCAGCUCCUUUGGAGUCUCAGAAUGCCGACCUGAUUAAAUCCUUGCUCAAGUCUUUGAGCAUUCAUGCUCGCGAGCACUACUCCAGCUGCUCAUACGGUGUCUAUCCCAUUGAGAACGAUUCCGCUGUCGCCGUUCUCCUGGUCGCAAACAAAUACUCGCCCAACAACUUCUGGAACGGCCGAUUCCGUGCCAUUUACCAAGUCCCCGUCUCUUCCUCUUCCACAACCGUGACCGGCAAGAUCCACGUUCACGUGCACUACUAUGAAGAUGGAAAUGUGGCUCUCAACACCACCAAGCCAGUCAGCGCUUCGGUCUCAUCGGUGUCUGCCGAGGCAAUUAUGUCACGCAUCGCUGCAGCCGAGCGCGACUACCAGGAGGAGUUGAACCGGGCAUUUGUCAGCGUGGCUGAGGGGGCCUUCAAGGGACUUCGGAGACAACUGCCUAUUACCCGACAGAAGGUUGAGUGGGAGAAGGUGGGUGGAUACCGACUUGGACAGGAUAUCUCUGGCGGCAAGGGACGGUAA